AAAGACCAAAAUUGAUGGGAAACCAUUUUGUUGCUAUGAUUGCACUCCAUGUCCAGCAGGGAAGAUUUCAAACCAGACAGAUAUGGAUGACUGCUUCCAGUGCCCAGAAGAUCAAUAUGCCAAUAAUGAUCAAGAUUCGUGCCUUCUCAAGGAUCUAAGUUACCUCUCCUAUAAAGAGAUUUUGGGGACUGGUUUGGCCACUUCAGCCCUCAUGCUUUCUUUCACCACAGCUUCUGUGCUAGGAAUAUUCGUGAGAUACCAAGACACUCCCAUCGUCAAGGCUAACAACUGCAGCCUCUCUUUUACCCUCCUCAUCUCCCUCCUCCUCUCCUUCCUUUGCUGUCUUCUGUUCAUUGGGAGACCCACAAAAGUGACCUGUCUCCUUCGACAGACUGCUUUUGGGAUCAUCUUCUCAGUGGCAGUUUCCUGUAUGUUGGCCAAAACCAUCACUGUGGUUCUUGCUUUCAUGGCUACCAAGCCAGGAUCAAGGAUGAGGACAUGGGUGGGGAAAAAACUGGCCUUUUCUGUUGUUUUCUCGUGUUCCUUUAUUCAAGCCACACUUUGUGCUGUCUGGCUGGGAAUCUCUCCCCCCUUCCCAGACAUCAACAUGCACUCCAUAGUGACUGAAAUCAUUGUGGAAUGCAAUGAAGGGUCAGUUGUCAUGUUUUAUUGCGUCUUGUCUUUUAUGGGCUUCCUGGCUCUUGUCAGCUUUAUUGCAGCUUUCCUGGCCAGGAAGUUACCAGACACCUUCCAGGAAACCAAAUCCAUCACAUUCAGCAUGCUGGUGUUUUGCAGUGUGUGGCUGUCCUUUGUCCCUGCCUACAUAAGCACCAAGGGGAAGUACAUGGUGGCUGUGGAGAUCUUCUCCAUCUUAUCCUCCGGUGCUGGGCUCCUGGCUUGUGUCUUUUUCCCCAAAUGCUACAUCAUCAUGGUGAGGCCUGACCUGAACAAAAGGGAGCAUCUAAUAAAGAGAAGUAUUUAA